AUGUAUGCUCGAUCAUGCAGCCGAAUAGACAAGAACCGUCCGAACAACAACGACCACGAGACCGAUCUGAAUUACACGUUGGAAAUGUGUCGAUGGCUGUUGAAGCCGAUCGGCAUGUGGCCGCUUGUGAAAAAACGCGCGUGCAAACUCGAGAAAGCAACAUCGAUCGUCAUAUUGUUCGCAUGUUUCACCUGUCUACUCUUCGUCAUCCUGCCAUCGGGCUACAGUGCCUUCAUCGUCGAGAAGAGCGUGCAGAAUAAGGUGAAGCUACUCGGACCGGUUGGCUUCUGCGUGUCCUCCGCGAUCAAGUACUGUUACCUGAUCACGAAAAGCACUGUAUUCGGGCGUUGCAUCGAACACGUACAGAGGGAUUGGCAAAUGGUGGAGCAACCGUGUCAUCGUGAUAUUAUGCUGAAACACGCAUCCUUUAGCAGACAGUUGAUCGCCAUCUGCGCGAUUUUCCUCUACACUGGCGGCAUGUCCUAUCAUACGGUGAUGCAGUUCCUGUCGAAGGAAAGAAACAAACAGAACUUCACCGUGAGACUGUUGGCUUAUCCUUGCUUCGACACGUUGCUCGACACUCAGUCCAGUCCCACGUACGAGAUCGUGUUCUCCGUUCACUGUGUCGCCGCCAUCAUCUUGUACACCGUGACAACCGCCGCGUACAGUCUCGCCGCGACUUUCGUCACUCACAUCUGCGGACAAAUCCAGAUACAAAUGGCCAGGCUGGAGAAUCUAGUUGCUGACAGUCGGGGGAAGAGUAGCUUCCAGGAUCGUCUGACCGUUAUCGUUCGAAGCCACGGUGAGGUGUUGAGGUUCUCUAAUAACGUCGAAGAAGCUUUGCGUGAGAUAUGCUUGACGGAAAUCGUGGAGUCAACGUUAAACAUGUGUAUGCUCGAGUACUAUUGCUUAAAGGAAUGGGAAAACAGCGACGCGAUUGCAAUACUCACGUAUUUCACCUUGCUGAUUUCCUUCACCUUCAAAGUAUUGAUAUUUUGUUACAUAGGUGAAGUACUCUCCGAACAGUGUAGCCAGAUGGCUCCAGCUUCCUACAACGUCGAGUGGUACAAUCUGCCGCCAAAAGAAGCCUAUAAUCUAGUUCUGGUCAGCGCCAUAUCUCUGUAUCCGCCAAAACUCACGGCUGGGAACAUAAUCGAACUAUCUCUAAACACAUUCGCCGCUGUGGUGAAGACGUCAGUGGUUUACCUGAAUCUACUACGGACGGUCACUACUUGGUAA